GCCAGUGGGAGUGGCGGGAGGGUUGGCGGCCGUGAGAGACGACGCAGACCAACACGAUACGCGUAUUGUACCGAGGACAGGCGGGGUUAUGAUACAGGCCCGUCGGGCCGCUGUAGUGUCAGAACUCCUACGUUACACCACGGUCAACACAGGCACUGCACCACUGUAGCAUCAGCUGACACAGGCGUGCCUCCCGUCAACUGGAGUGUGAUAAGUUGCAGAGUAAGCAGAAAUGGGAGACCGGGGGGGUGGCAUGAAAAGGGGCCGGGGAAGGGGUCGAGGAGGCCGGGGAGGCCAGGCUCAAGCCAUCAAGAACCUGGAACGGGCUGCCGCUGACAUCCAGAACAUGCUGCAGAAUAUCUCAGUGGCAGGGGAUCAAGACCAUGGCAGCAAAUCGGCAACAAAGAGGAGACCAGAUAGCAGAGGAAGUAGGUCUUUGAUGGACCUAAAUGUAGGGGAUGGUGCCCACCGGAGUGGACCACCCAUCCAGGACCCUUACUACAGAGGUCCACCUCAUCAGGACCCGUACUACACAGGUCCGCCCGAUCCAGGUCCUUAUUUCCAAGGCUCACCCCUUCAGGGCCAUUAUAAUCAAGGCUCACCCCAUCAUAGCCAUUACGAUCAAGGCCCACCCCAUCAUGGCCAUUACAAUCAAGGCCCACCCCUUAGAGGCCAUUACAAUCAAGGCCCACCCCAUAGAGGCCAUUACAAUCAAGGCUCCCCUGGCCCUGGACCAUACCCCAGAGAACAGUUUCAUGGGAGCACUAAGCAGUACCCACCUCCACCUCCGUCAUAUGAGGAAUCAAUGCAACAGUCUGGUGAUGUUCGUUCACAAUCUCCAAUGCGGAAAGACCCUAAGAAAGCCAGACAGUGGUCAGGAAAAGGAGCAGCCAGUGCUGCAAAUGUUAUGCAGCUGGUGAAAGCCUUGUCCAUGUUUAACGGACAAAUGGCAGAUUCAGAAACACUCGGAAAGCAGAUAGAGAGCACUGUUGAAGAGGUUGAGAAAAUUGUAAAGCAGCGGAAGGAUUUAUUUUCACAUAUGAAAGAUGGCACAAAAAUUAUGGUAGAGCUGGUUCCAAAUGUGAAACUGUGUUCUCAUUACCAUUCAGAGAAGGGCUGUGCUGCACGGGACACUUGUCAAAGCCUCCACCUGUGCAAAGACUACAUCUUGACACGCUGUGAAGAGGGACCAACAUGUGCUUUUGGACACAAGUUUGAUACUAACCAUAAUUCAGCAAUUCUCUCUAAAUUUUAUUUGGACUUGAUCAGAACACAAUAUCUUGUCAAUAUCAUUAGAAAGGUUUGUAGAGGAAAUGCUCCACCAAGGAUCUGCAGCUAUCAUAGUACAAAGGAUGGCUGCAGAAAGGGGGAUGGCUGUCGCUUCUUGCACAUAUGUAAAGAUUACGUAAUGAAUGAUGGAAACUGUCCCACCAAAGGCUGCCCCUUCAAUCAUCAGCUAAACACAAAGCAGUGCAAAAAUGUACUCACCCAGCACGGCAUGUCUACCAAUGAGAGUGUUCGUGAUAUUUUGCUAAGCUUGAAAUCAUCUAUGGAGAAGACUUCAGGGGCAGAAACCAAAAAACAAAGAAAAAAUAAUAAAGAUGAUAAUGAAUCCUCAGACUCAGACUCUUCCAUGGAUUUUACUUUCGUGGAUCAAUCUGACUUGUCAGUUAAGAAGAAAAGCAACAAACCUCAGGGAAAGAAAAAAGAAAAGAGUUCAAGACCAGAUGAAAAAGCAAAAGGAAAGAGGUAUACAAUUAAGUCAACUGAUUUCAAUGGGGAUGUUGAAAUUCCAGAAAUUUGCAUCUAUGGAGUUAAUGAUAAAUGUACAAAUGAGAUGAAAGGCUGCAAGUAUUUGCAUGCAAAAAGCCUAUUUCAUUGGCAAGUGGAAAAAGAAAAUAAAUGGUAUAAUUUUCGCAUAUUUCAGUCGAAAACCUUGGAAAGUGCGUACCGAGAUGUUACAAAGGGUGGUGUGAAACUUCCUUCAAUUGAUGCUGAAAAACUUAACCCUCAAGACAAACAAAUAUUGCAGCUUUUUGGAACACAUAAUUGGAGAGCUGACUUUAAGGAAAUGUGCAUCACAGAUGCUGCAAAGAACAAAUUGAAUAUAAGGAGGGUGUCAACUGCAUCAUCUGUUGUAUCAAGUGUUCCUCAGGCUACAGUGUACGAGUGGUACUUUGAAGAUGAACAAGGGAAGUGGAUUCCUUACGGCAAUGUUGAUAGUCUGGGCAAACAGAAUUAUGUGUGCAACAUAACAUCUGAAGAUAUUGAAAAACAGUAUUUGAGUGACCCCACCUCCACAAUGAUGAUAACAAAUACUCACUUUAAAUAUAAAAUUGACUUCAAAAACAUGACUCAGACUAACUUAACCAGCAUGAAAGUGAGAGAAAUCCGUCGCCGCCCCGCUCACCUCUCCUACCAGAGGAGUAGCAAAACUAGCACCAGUGAUGCUUCCCUGCCCAAACAUUGGAAGGCUAUGUCAUCCCAACAGACCCACAGCCUUGUGACUGUGGACCCAAAUCAGGAGGAGUUCCAGGAUGUUUCUAAGAGCAUCAAGCUCAUGAUUCCAACUGCCAGAAUUCAUGAGAUCAGGAGGCUGCAGAAUGAGUACUUGUGGCGCAUUCUUCAGUCCAAGAAGACUGAUCUCUCAAGCAGAUAUGAUGAUCUCACCAUGAAUGUGCAGAAAUUGUUUCAUGGAACUGGCUCUUCCUUCAUUGAUGCAAUCUGCAAAGAAAAUAUUGAUGGUCGACGCUAUGCCAAUGCCAAGGAAAAGUAUGGGAAAGGCACAUAUUUCUCUAAUAGCUGUGCCAUUGCUCGUACAUACUGCACCCCUGAUGCCCAAGGCCACCUCUUUCUCGUCCUGGCUGAAGUGAUCAUUGGAUAUGUGACCCCAGGAAGCAAGGGCCUCAACCGACCUCCUCCAAACCCCUCCACAGGCUUCCCCUAUGACACAACAGUUGACAGCAUGACUGCCCCAACUAUCUUUGUUAAGUAUGAGAAGGAAGAAUACUACCCUGAGUACAUCAUAGAAAUCUCUGUGUAAGUGUGAUGCAUGGAGUCAGUCAUCAUUGUUGGUACUUCAGGAUAGUGUUAUUGCAAACAGCUGUACCAAGAAGGACAGCUUUUAAGCAGGGUCAACAUGGCCCAAGUACAUAUUAAAAAUGAGAAUACUUCAAAAAACAUGUUCAUACAUAACUGGUUAUGUUAUUCAGAUAAAUAACAUGUUCUCAUUAUUUUUCAUUGAAAUCAGAUAACAGUUUUAUCUGCUGUUAAAGAGGAUUGACUGGUUCAUACUUUUCCCUCAUUUAUUUUUUCAUGAAAAGGAAAGAAUUGCUGGAUCCAUAAAAAAAUACCUCAGGCAGCUAAACCUGUUGAAAGUUUCUAUAGUAAUGCUCACCGGAGAUCAUCAAAAGCACCAACUCUAGUGAAUGGGCUGACACUGAAAGCAGAUGAAUAUCCUUUGUUUGUAAAUUUCAGGUCAUGUUUAAUUUGCUUUAAGUAUUUCUGCCAUGCUGACUCUUCCUCCUUCUAGUGGGUGUCAAGGGGCAGCAGUGCAUUCUAUGUACUACGGAGUGGUUACUUCUUUUCUACGGAGUGCAGGAAUGCAAUUGUGGCAGUUUUAUGUUGCCCAUGUUCCCCUGAAAAUGACAGCAGUGUAUAGUGGUUGGAGAGGUGGGCUAAUUUCCAUAUAUGAUAAAGGUCAUUAUAUAGGGUGUUGAUUGCUACCAGAAAAAAAUGUUCUUCAAAUGGUUCCAGUUUUCCCACUUAGAGCUGACCACAUAUACUCCAAACUAUCACCAUUAAAUAAUUUUUUUAUAUAAUCUGUAUGGUGAUAGAGACCCUGAUGAAAAGCCAGUCUCUGGGUGGAAUGUGGGAUGGCUGCUAUCAAAUGCUGCUGCCUCUGCUGCAUAUGAUGUUUAAGCCAAAGUAGUGGAGAAACUGAUUCUAAGAGCAGUAGGGUCUCAAAUCUUGAAAAUUUAGGUAAGGCAAUUUAUGAGUAGCAUGAACUGCAAUAUAUUCAACCAAAAAGCAUCUAGUUGGGUAAGCUUGCCUCAAAUAGAGCAAACCUUGGACCUAAAUUAACAGUUGUGUGAGAGAAUCAAAUUGCACAACCCUUAGUUUCCAUGUACACUUAGAUUUGCAUUGAUUCAAACACCCCGAGUUCAUGUAUCUUCCAAAGUGUCACUGUUUAGGAUCCUACUGUGCAUCCUGUAGUCACUCACCUUACUAAAUUUUUGUAGAUUUUGCAUAUUCAGUGAUUAAUAUUUUGGGUAUAUUGUAGAAUUCAAGAUCAUUGUUAUAUGCAAAUGUUAAAGAUAUAUGUUGAUGGAUAGGUAUACAGAUUAUUGCCUGCCUAAGUUAUAUAUAUUGCUGCUUUAUUCUUUUAAUCUCUAAUUUCCAGUAUUGUCAGUUUUUAGCACAGCUAUAACAUGCUCAUCAAGGAGUCUUGUUACAUUUAUUAUAACCUUAUUACCAUAAUCAGUAUGAUUUAAGUAGGUAAAUCCACAACUAUUUGCUGAGUAUCUUCUAUUUUGAAUAAACUUAGUGAAAACAAGGAGAGGACCACCCAAUAUUGGCCUCUGAAUGUUAAUUUGUAAUGACAUAUUGUCAGUCAUAGUUCUCUAAAAUUCAGUAGAGAAUUUUAAGAAUGAAAACUGAUGUGCCUACUGUAUUUGUACUUAUAUAGCAUUUGCAUUUGAGCACUUGGGCUAGACUGAAACCUUGCUCACAUUUGCUUAUGGUUCCAGUAUACAUUUGGGAAUUCUGCUCUCCUAGGUUGCAGCUCAGUAGAGCAGAACUAACAAACUUAGCCAAGUUUUGUAAGACAUGGAUGUCUUAGGAAACACAGAUUGAUAUGACUUUUGACUGGAGGCCUUAUGGAUAAGUGUUAUAGGGAGUAAAUCCUACCAUCCCUGCCCUGAAUAUGGGUUUUUGGUAGAAAUUACCUUUGAAUAUUAUAGCAUCUUUGUAUUUCAUAUAUAUAUAUAUAUAUAUAUAUAUAUAUAUAUAUAUAUAUAUAUAUAUAUAUAUAUAUAUAUAUAUAUAUAUAUAUAUAUAUAUAUAUAUAUAUAUAUACUUCUCCCAAGCAACCAGUAUCUUGUGAAUUUUAUGGCUUAAUGGUGAUAUUUUCUAAAAAUACUAAUUACAGCAUUGCCAGGGAAUGGAAUUAUUUGUCAGCUUUAGAAGGAAACUCAAGAAGGAAAAGCUUGAUGAUUGUUUUAUAUAACUUGAUACGAUAGUGAUGAUGGUGGGUCAGCUGAGCACUUCUCAUACAGAUUACAUUGGGUUGUGUAUUGUACAGGAUAAUCAAUAUUAUUAUCAUUUUUUAAUUUUUUAUUAUUAUUAUUAUUAUUAUUAUUAUUAUUAUUUUUUUUUUUUUUUUUUUUUUUUUUUUUCAGAAAA